GAAACAUUUUCGCUUUGUCAUCAAGGAAAUCGAGCUGAAUUGACUUCGAUCCUGUUUAUAUCCAGGGCGUGGUAGUUUAUUUUUAGCAGUGAAGCCUUGAAAUCAUCUUCGAAGCUAUGGAGAAGAAAACUUACUACAUCCUUCUUCGAGAUUUGGAAGACCCUUCGAGUCAAUCGUCCGCGGGAAUGUUAUGGGGAAUGUUGUCAAAUUACGUCUACGGGACGCAACCACCUUUGGCUCUUAAGGGAGAGCUCUUUGAAUCUCUUCCUGCCGCAGAUAUCACAACAGCUGGAGUCGAAGUCGAAAACAAGGUCGCAGUAUGUGGACUGAAGCAGAAAUGUCUCCAGGUGGAGUGUCCUAAGGAAGACUUACAAAUUAUCAGUGACAAAGAUACUCAGCUCUUGUUGGCCGUCCAGUCCUAUCAUCAGAGGUGUAGAUUGUUGAAAGAUAGGCAGGAUCUUCUUAAAUGGGCUGUGGCUGAUAAUGAAGGAUGUCGUGUAUCUGUAUGGAUGGAUGAGUUAAAGAGAGACGUCCCUGCUAUUGUGCAUUACAAAGGAGCCUUGCCUCCUUACGAUGGAAUCAUGUUUGGAGUUGAGAUUGUGGUAUGUUUUUUUUUGGGGGGGAGGGGGUAGAGGGGAUACAUGGGUGACAUCUUAUUAGAAAAUGGGGGUGAGGUACUGUCAUAUUAUGUUGUAAACGGAAAUAUAGCGUUAUGACCACAGUACACAUGAAUUGGUCUCCUUUUAAAAACACUCUUUUCCAGAUGUGCAAAAGCAUCAUCCGAAAAAAAAUUGUAAAAAAAUCAGCAUUAAUUCCAAUUGCCACCAAAUUUGGCACGCAGGAAGUAGACAGUUUUAGCCAUUUACAGGGCUAGUUUCAGCGUAUGACUGUGAAAAGCUUUGACACACGAAUUUUUGGAAUUAUUUUUUGGAAAAAAUGGUUGGUCAUGCGGGAAGAAUUUAUGGUGGCUUUAGUGGUCAAGAAAUACUGAAAAUUGGCAACGAAUUUCCUCAGAAGGAGUGUUUCUUUCCAAAGAGGUAUAGCUUUCAAUGCUGCUCUUUAUGACCCCUGAGAAAUUAAUUUUCAAAAUAAGUAUAUUGAUUUUGCUCAUUUUUGAGCUGUCCAGAAAAGAGUUGCAAUUUAACCCGUACGAAACGAGCAGUGCUGCUGCAGCGCUGCAGAGUGACUUCAAGAAGCACUACAAAAGAGCUGUAAAAGCGCUGGCUGCAACAGUCGCAAAUUUUGGCUUCAGUGGAAAGCCCUUUGACAGCGAUAAACAGCGCUGUUUGAAAAUUCCUGAAUCGCGAUCUGUGCUGCAAGGUGGCUGCAAAGUGGCUUCGAAAAGACAAAGAAUGUUGUUACCGGUAAUGGCCUACCACUCGUUAGUACAAAAAAAGGAAAUACAGGCUCCAAUAAAUAUACAAUAAUCAUGAUACAUGGUAGAAGAGUUGACAAGACCUUAGUAGAAGAGUAAAAACCACUAGAAAGUCAAAAUGCAACUGAGACUUUAUUAGUAUCCACGCGUACACAUUACAAAAGCACGUGACAUAGAGCAAAUCUGCAACAGUCUCUCUUUGUAAAUAUUUAGCAAUUACGGUCACUUAAUUAUCUAAAUGUAAGAACAUCCAUUAACAUGCAGACUUUGAAAAUUAUGUUUUUUAAAAAUAAAGAGAAUAACAGUGAUUGUUCUACAUUAUAAAAGUUUACACAGACAGCAGCCAAAUGAUAGUUUGAUUCGUUGCAACGGGCUAAGCUUGACAUCGCUCACCUUGACGUUUUGUCCAUGAUCCAUUAUCUGCUACACUUUUUCAUGAAGGAAAUCAGCCCAAUUUUACUUUGGCCGUCAUUAAAUUUUACAAAGGAUUAUUAUAAAGGAACGUACAUUACCAUGAACAUAUAAGAAUCUUGUAAGUGCAAACCCCAUGAGCUGAGAUUCUUGUAUUAGUGGUGCUUGCUCUGGUUCGAUUCGUCGAUACUUAGCGUAGAAGUCACUGUACAGUGCAUUGUUUACAAAUACCUUUAAGCCGUUCCAUCCAAAAACUUCAACAGAACUUCCAUCUCGAAACAGAACUAGAUGUAGCCUGAAAUUCAUCCAGUUGGUUUGAGUCGCUUUCUCCUCUCAACAACGUCUGAAUCGACCGGCCGUUAAUGCCGUCCAGUGACGUCACACACUACCUGAAAACCGGGUAGUGAUUUUGAUUGGUUGAUCGUCUAAACAUUUGCAUAAUUAUGUAUAAUUAUGAAAAUUUUACCGGGAAUAUUUGUCGCUUGGUAUUCAGCGGAUCACAUCCCUGGCAUUCUUCUGUUUAGUUCAAACAUUUCGAUAAGCUUAAUCUUUAUCUUAAACAGCAAAAUUGCCCUUGUCUUCAAAACUGAAAUGCUAAAUUGAACUGCAAAUGAAGAAUCAUUGCGGAGAGUCGGUAGGUUUUUCAUUUAGAGUCGCUUUGAGGUUUCGGCGGCCGGUGAUUUUGUUUAUGCGAAGUUUUCUGAGCCAAGAUCAAUGUUAUAAUGCGACCUUGCUAUUUUUACCGUCAAGUGUAAUGAUUCUGUUAGCUUUUCUUUCUUGUCUCCUUGUUUCUUUUCUUCGUUAAGGACCAAAUAGCUUCUGUUCAAUUGAAGCAAAUCAUUGUGUUUUUGAACUAAGUGUUCCGUGUGUGUGUUUAUUUCAUUGCGUGAUUGCGACUGAGUUUGAUUAUAGAAUUUAGUACAACCGGUUCAGAAUUGUACUGCAUGCAGUUGAUAGUUUGAACGUUAAACAUGAAUUACGAUAAAAAAAAAUAAAGCAGUUAUGUAUCAUGCAGACAUUUCCAAACGAUAUUUCUCGGUUUGCCCCUUGAAAAUCAUGUUUUACUUUUUGCAUGAAUUAAAGGAAAGGUCAAGGAGUAGUGACGUCACUGGACAGCAUUAACGGCCCGUCGAUUCAGACGUUACUGAGGGAGUAAUGACGACUCGAAGUAAUCGGAUGAAAUUCAGGCUAAACUAGAUGCAAAAAAACGUAUAAUGUUUGUGCCCUCCAUUCAAUGGUCGCAACUGUUUGUCUAGAGAUGUAAUGGGAUCUCAUGCAAAAGGGCUGACCAGAUUAUGGCCUAGAAUGUCUCCAGGGAAUUAGCGAUAACAUUCCCACACUCGCCAGUCAUGGAAUGAAAUUUAUUGAAAUCUUUAUCAUUGUUUAUUUCCAAAAGCAUAGAAUUUGGAGGUUUAUUCAAAUUAGUGAUCUUCCCUACGCACAAGCUUACUCACGUUUCUUAGGGGUACGGUCAAAGUUUUCGCAUUAUAACAACCGAAAUCUGUGGCAAGGCUUUAUCUGGCAAUUCAUCUUAUUGACGCUCAAGAAAGUCAGAUCGACCACAGCUGAAUUGUAGCAUUACUGCAGCUACUUCGCAGCAUUAGAAAGUCAGCAACUGUGCUGCAAAACUGCUGCCAAGAGCUUCAAAGGCUGCACAGGGCUUUUGCAUCCCACUGCAACUUGAAUUAAGCUUUUGUUUGGCUUCUAAAAUGCUGCUAAACAGCUGUGAUUUAGCUGUACAGCUAUUUUGAAGGGAUUUUGUGGUGCUGUACAGUGCUGCAAGUUUCGUACAGGAAGCAUUUUAAGUUUAAUUUCCUGACAACCUUUCCAUCCCCAUCUCUUUCUGGGAGUGCCCCCUGGAAAUUAUUCAUAUACUGCUUGAAACUGGAUAGAGAUAGUAGAGAGGAGAGAACUUUUCCACUUUUGGAUAAUGCCUGUGGCCAGUUAUCUGAUCAGGGAAUGACGGUAGACCCCUUCAAGGAUGUAAGGGCAUGCUGGGUGAUCAGGACAAGAUGGUGGGGAAGUCAAAAGUUUGUAUGUUGUAAUUCUUCCUAAUUGAAUGUAUUUGUUAUUUUCUCUUUGCAAACUUUAGAUAAUAAACUCAAAAAAACAAUACACUAUGUAUAGAGUACAGCAGUCCUUUAAUUAAUGUUGUUUUUUAGAAAAUUUUGACUUCUGCCAUACAUAAUUUAUGACUGUGUAAUUUUAUUGUUCUCGGAUUACAGAAAAUGAAUGGAAGAACACAGGUUUUCUGAAAAGCAACAAAGGACUGCUCAUGUGCACCUCAGAUUUAGCGUGUAGUUUCUUUUAAAAUUCCCUAGUUAUAUUUUUCAAAGGGAAAGUGGCAAAUAUAGUCAAUUAGCGAGUAUUAGUUGACUUUGUAUUCCUGUACAAACUUUUGACUUUUUCACUAUCUUGUCCUGAUUAUCCAUCAUGCCAUUACAACCAUGAAGGGGUCUAUUAUUGUAAUUAUAAGGUAACGAUCUCAAAAGUAAGUAUACUGUAAUACAACUGCCCUUCACUGAACUACAGAGUCACUAUGAUUGCACUGCAAGCACUUGAUGGUAAUUAAAUAACAAUAAUUUGUCAUCAAAAAAAUUCAACUGUACUCUUACAUUUUUAUGAUGAGAUGCUAGAAUAAUUAUUUACUGAUCAAUAAAUGACCAAGUGCCAAAAUUUUAAUAACUUCUAAGGAGAAAUAUCAGAGUAUUUUAAGUUAGUAUCAUCAUUCCUAAGAAUGCCUUAUGGUAUCAGUUAUAUCAAUAUUAUUAUGAGUAAGCCUUGAAGAGACUCAAAAAUUAAUGUCCAAUGGAUUAAAUGUUCCUGUAUUGUUUGUCUGUCAGGAUCCUCGUUUUCGUAAUCGGGGCACUACAGAUGGAGUCUUCAGGUGUCAAAGGUAUUUCAGAUGUACCCCUGGAGCAGGCAUGUUUGUGUCAUUGGAUAAAAUCACCAUUUCAGUUGCUGAAGAGUUCAACGUCAGAACUGGUAAGGCACAGGAAAUCGCAUCACAGGGUCCUCUGUCAGAAUAUGUCUGACCAAUGAUCACCUUUGGGGCCACCCUAACCUGAGAUCAGGCAUUAUUUUGUUGUUGUUGUUGUUGUUGUUGCUUCUUUGGCUUGAGAGGGAAGAAAGUAAUACCUGAUACAUUCAUUUGACAAGCCGUCAACCGCUCUCUUAUUUACAUAAUCUAGUAUCUACUCGACCUGUCAUGACUUGUUAUUAGCCAAUCAGCGUUUACCAGACGGGAAUCAAAUUUUGGUGCGAAUAAUGUCUCUUUUAAAUUUAAGGAAAAGGAAAUUUUUUAAUACCUCCAUGUUCAGAUGGUGCCUUUCUAAAACAAUGUUUUAAGUGUUUUUUUUUUCCCUUUUUUGUGAUGAAAUACUGCUACAAUGUAGCUGGAGCUUCCGUACCUUUAUUUAACAGCUACAAAUGAAUAAAGAAUUUACUGGUAAAAGUUCAUUGACUUUCGGCUUUCUGAGCCAAAAGCAGUGAAAAAAAUUUUUAGGUUGGUGCACUAUAUUUCACAAACUAAAAAGUGUUGCGAAAGCGAAGAUCGCUCAGAAUAAUUCGCAGGUUGCUGAGGGAGGAAUUACAGCCAAACCAGGUCAAGAUUCAAUUCAUGAAUUGAUUAUUAAAUUUGAAAAGUGAAUCUGUUUGUUGCUUCUGUAACUUGUACCCGCAGUCAAAUUGCAUUCAAGUGAUCGGUGAAUUUUUGACUGCAACUUUUUAGUAUAUGAUAAGAUGGAAAAUAUUUCAAUGAAUAAAAUUUCUAUUUAGACAUUCUUCAAAUUCAAGGAAACUGAGCUGGCAGAAAUUUCAUAAUGAACUCGCAUGUGUAUUCACUGCAUGCUUAUUGUGCAAGCAAAAAUGCAGACUGAAAUCAACAACAACUAAUGGAUAGCGUCAUUUUGGCCAAUCGGAACUGCAGAAAUCAUUCAUAUUGUUUUCUAUGCAAUCAGAAAAAAGUCCAGAUUUUGGCUUUUUUGCAUGUGAUCUGUGAAAGGAUUGCAUCAUGCCCUCCUAUUGAAAACAGAUAAUUUAGAGAGAUAAAGGGAGAAGGCAUGAUUGCAGGCAAGGGCCAUCCAUACAGUCAUGUAUUUUCAUUUUUAUCUAUACUAUCAUCAGUAGUGGGGGACUAGUAGUUUUGAGGGGGGAGGGGCAGAAGAAAAAGGCAUAUAGGGGAGAGUUUGUUAGGGGGAACAUCAAAAAAGUCAACAACUUAAUUUAAGGUAGACAGGAAGUCAGAGUAACUUUCAUAGUGUUAUCUUGAAUGGACACUGGAAAACUAAUUUAAAUCUAAUCUAUUGAAUCAAGAAGUCAAUGAAAUCACAAAGUGUAGUCCAUCAAAUUAUUGCAAGUCUAGAUCUGUUAUCCAUUUCUUUGAAUUUAAGGUAAAUUAGGCAGAGAAACAGUAUAAACUUAUGGCACUCGCAAUAAUAUUGAUUUUGGGGGUGCAUGGACAAAGGUCCUUGUAGUGAUUUAUAUCUCAACAUGCCAAUUUCUCUCUUUGAUUGGCAAGGAUUUGUGGGAUAUCAUGCAAAUGGUGAAUUAGUAGCAGUUCCUCAAUAAUCACAGAUUGAAUUUUACCUUUGUAAGGCUUUAGUUAACAUUACUGGGUCUUCCACCAGUGAUUCUAGGAUUAAAAGAAAAAAAUAGGGCUUUUCACAGUAAAAACAUGCGUAAUCUUAACUCGACUGGGGGGAGUGGGGUGGGGAGUGAGAUAUUUAUUUCUGUAUUUAGAGUUAAAUAGUCACAUUAUUUUGAAUCUGUACACUGUUUGUACUAAUACAUAAAUAUGGGCUAUUGUUUAGCUCUUAUUACUCUUAUUAACCGAGCGGGAGGUCUGUAUGGGAGAAUCUUGACCGAGGCCGCCAGUACAGACCAAACGCAGUGAGGUCUGUACCAGCGACCGAGAUCAAGAUUCUCCCAUACAGACCGACCUAGCUCAGUUAAUAAGAUGUUUAUUAUAUGGCCAAACAAGAAAGCAAAGGAACAACAACAUAAAUAAUUUUAUUUGCUUCCCCGCGGGGCGCAAGCAUUUAGCUGGCUUUCUUCUGUCACUGGUCUCCAGUCCAAACGGGACAAAAAUAACUGUUCAAAGUCCAGCUUUGUACAAACUUUGUACAAACAAGCCAAUUUUUUCAUAUUCUUUGUUUGUACCUUUUUGAGGACAAUUGCUACAACAAGAUCAGUCUAGAUGCCAGUCUAGAUGAGAAAAUCUAGACCGCGGUCAAGAUCGAUUUUAGCCAAUCAAAUUCUUGAAUUUGUUUGUUUCCAGUCCUUUUGAGACAUGGCCAUAUAAUAAUUACUCAUAUAGAUGUUGUGGUUCAAUUUUUUCUUUGGUUUAAAUUUUGUUUUCCUUUGUUUUGAGGUGUGGUAAUGUAUGACAAUGAGUUUUAAACAAAGGAAAACAAAAUUUAAACCAAGGAAAAAGUUGAACCACAACAUAGACAUCAAAUCAUUCAUAUUCAUCUGAUAUUCAGAAUUUCUAGGCUUGUAAAAAUAUCAUGCAAACCUGCCUUUUCUUUCUGUUUUAGAGGAAAGCAGUCAGGAUGAUUACACUCAUAUUGAGAAAGAGGAAAAGCCAAAUGGAGAAGAUUCUGGAAUGGAAAGCUCUGGCCAUUCUCUUGUUGAAGCAGAACUGUUAGAGGAAAAAAGUAGGGCUUUAAUCUUGGAGGCCAAAAGUACAACAGAGGACACAGAAAAACAAGAAAAGGAAAAGCAGCUUGAAAGUAAGAGUUUGACCCGUGAGCCUGAGAUUUCAGAUGAAGGAGAAGUGAUGGACUUUCAACAGUUGUAUCUCAAUGAAAAGAAGCUUCAGCUUGAAGCACAGUACCAACUGAAAGAGUGUAAGUUAAAGAUUUCAAGUCUUGAAAAGCAUCUGGACAAAGAGCAGAUUGCAAACAAGAAGCUCGUUGAGAAAUGCGAUGCUCUUCAGAAGGAAUUAAGUCAGCAAGCGCUUCUCAGAACUGAUGCUGAGUUAAAGAUUGAGGAAGAGCAUAAUAAGAUUCGGAAAGUACAGAAAUGUUUUGAGCGUGAGUGGGAGGAAUUUGAGAGACGUUUGAUUGAGGAGCGUGCUGCAAAAUCAGAGGCUGAGCAACAGUUGAGUGUUUUAAUGAGACAACUGGAAGAAGAGAGGAAUUUAAAGACAGUAUUGCAAAGAGAUUUGGAUGCUUUACAGGACAAGUUUAGUCGACAGCAGGAAGAGUUUGAAAAGCAAAGAAGGAUUGGAGAGAUGGCUUGGACUGAGAAUGCAAUGCAUGAAAAUAAAACUCAGCCAGAUCUUGAAUCAUCUGAUUGGAUUAUAAGUCGCAGUGAAGUUGAAAUUAUAGAGGAGAGGGGUCUAGGAACUGGUGGAUGGGGCGUAGUCAAGGAAGGAAAGUUCCGUGGAUGCAAAGUAGCUGUGAAGCAGAUUCAUGAGCUAAUUCUCUCACCACACAACAAGCGCUUGUUUAUGAGAGAGAUGAAUAUUGCUUCUCGAUGUCGCCAUCCAUGUUUACUGCAGUUCAUUGGUGCUACAAACGAUGAUGGUAUACCUCUUUUUGUCACUGAACUGAUGGACACCAGUUUACGAGACUUACUUGACAAAAAGCCACUUCCCAAAGCAGAUGUUGUCAACAUUGCACUUGACGUUGCCAGAGCCUUGAAUUAUUUACACCUAAAUAGACCUUCCAUUAUCCAUCGGGACAUUAGCAGUGCAAAUGUGUUGCUAUGGAGACGAGAUAACCAAUGGCGGGCCAAGGUGUCGGACUAUGGUACUGCCAAUUUUAUGAGACAAUGCAAGACCAUAAACCCAGGAUCUGUUAUAUAUUCAGCUCCAGAGGCUCUUUCAACUGAUCAGUCUCCAAAGGUUUGUUGUUGUUUCCUUAAAUGUAGUCUUUCCAGGGCUGUCAAAAAUUUUUUAGGUAGCAGGCUGGUAAUGAAUAGAAGGCGGCUUUGGAACUCGCACCAAAGGCACAAAUUCUUGAGGGCCGAGACAUCAAGGGACAUUUUGAAAUUUAGAAUCUCGGAAAUGGCAUUUUCAGUGAUUUUCAAGAGGUCUUUUCCACCGCGGACAAAAUGUUUUUUUAUCAGAAUACACGCAAGACUGGGAAUGAUGCCGUCGAAAUGUCCCAGGCGUUCCACGACAUCGCACGGUUCACACGUUUCACAGGGCUAAACCUUUAUAAAUAUGCGUUCAAUUUCAUUCGAUGGUGCUUAUUUUUUGUUAGCAGUUAUAGUAGAAGGAGAUGAAACUAGCCCGCUAAGGAUGACUAAUUAGCCGGGGGGUGCCGGCUACCGGCCCUGUCUUUCCUAGCUGAAAAACCAUUGAUUCUCAGAACAGGGCUGCACUUAGUGUGGGAAUACAGCCGUCUCUCCUUGUUUCUCACCACUAGGAGCAUUUCACAGGGCUGACAUCUGCAAUCCAGCCCCAGAAAUUCUAUACUGGACUGACAUUUUUUUUUGUUUUGUUUAGAAUCUGGUCAACAAAUGCUGAUUGUUCGACGUAGUAUAUUAUAAUUAUCUAUGUUAAAAAAUGACAGACAAAAGACGAUAGGUCACAAAAAUCAAAUUAAAGAUGAUUAAUUCUACCAUAAUUCUUCACUUCCUAUAUACUCAGCUUCAUUCAGUUAUUAUCAUUAGUCUCGCUUGCGUUUUAGAAAAGUUAUGGGGGGGAGGGGAAUUUUCGAGCCGCAGGAAUUUUUUUUCGCUAUCAAAUUCCUUGUAUGAAUUUUUUUUAGGCCAUAGCAUGAAUAUUUUUUUAGGAUAAUUAGCGUGCAUGAAUUUUUUUCAUGUAAUUUUCUCUUGCGCCAAUAUUUUUUUUGUACUUCGCCCCCCCCCCCCCCCCCCACCCCCCCAUAAGUUUUCUAAAGGUCCGUACUUAAAGUAGCGAGACUCAUAAUCUGCAACGCCUUUUUCGGCCCGGGGGGUAUUCCUUAUAUAGGCUAUAUGGGUACGUACGGCGCUAAAGGGUAUGGUUUUUCAGCCGUUUUGGUCUGAAAUAGGGUAUCAAUUUCGACCAUUUUGGUCUGAAGUAGGGAAUGGUUUGUGCACUCUAGUCUUGAAUUAGGUAUGUUUUUUACAAGAAUUAGCUACUUCUUCAUCAUUUGGCGAUAAGACCAUUUCCCUUUUAAUGUUUGUGCCACCUGCCUUGUAUGUGCCGUAACAGCUUGUCACGCGCUCCGGUCACGCGCCGGGCUCCAGCGCUUCAGGCCUGAAAUAGGGUAUCAAAUUUUUGAUCGGGUCUGAAAUAGGGUAGGGAAAAUCACAGAUUUGGUCUGAAAUAGGGUAAGGGUUUGGGGAAGGUUCUGCACACCCCCACCCAAUUUUUCUGGAAGUGCCCUCCCCCCCCCCGGCUUUUUGGUCGUAUUUGGGACACAAAAAGCAAGUCAUUAUGCCAGGCGUUCCUUGUGGACACCGUGGAAACUGGAACUAAGGAUCGUUGCGUGAUCGAACCUACGCAUGUUUCGCGAAGAAAGCUUAGGAAAGAUUAAAUUUAGAGCUUUUCCGCAACUUGUCGGUCCACGAAUUCUGUCGCUUGAAAGCGUCGAUUACUUUGGAACAAGUGAACACUACUGAGUGGUCAAAAAAAAGAAGAAUCUUAAUUAGCAAAAACUGCGAUGGUCGGGUGUUGUAAACUUUCAUUGUAUACAAAUGGAUUCUGUGGUGAGCAUGCGAUUUAUUUUAGGCGAUGAUUGAAAUGACGUGCCAUGUAAAUAGCUUUUUGGAUCGUUGGCAAUGAUGUAAUUUCUCUGGAAUCUCUUGAAUUUUCGUGUAUUUAUACACCCGUAUAGCCUGCGACCGCAGACGUAUUUCCGGUCGUCGCUAACACGCGUACUAAAUCAAUUCAGAAACAAGUAAAAAGAAUCGACGUCGAUAAAGUAUAAAGUAAAAAACAAUUAGCGAGUAAAUCCUGUUUCGCGUAGAAUUAAUCGCCUCCUCAUUUCUCGACCUAAUCUCCAAGUAGAGCGAGCCUUAAUGCCGCUGUAAUCGCAUUCUUGUUAACAAAUAGUUUUUCGUUUGUCUAAGAGAUUUUUUUCACACAUUUACAAAAUAUCUUUUGCUCUUCUAGAUUGAUGUGUUCAGCUUUGGUUUGUUGCUGUGUGAGAUGUGCAUUCGUGAGCUUCCUGUGCCUAACCAUACUCAAGAACAGAUCUCCAUGAUUGCAGAUCAAGUCCUUAGAGACCUGGUGACCAGUUGUGUUAGACAAGAGCCUGGGCAGAGGCCAACCAUGGCAGAAGCAAUUACCGUGUUGGAGAAAGUGGAACCAGAGAUUAAAAAUGAUCUCAAGACAGUAGGAAAAAUCUAAUCAUCUAGAGCUGAGAAAAUGAUAUUAUAUUGAAAGAGGCAAAAGAGAGGAGUGUCUGUAAACUAUGUAGUAUACAGCUUUUUCGAAAAAGUUUGUCGGAAAAAAUGUGCAUGCGACAAUCCCAAAAGGUAAUAUGGGAUAUGAUCCUUACACUGUAGCUGUCGAACUUACUUUUGAUGCUUUCCGUUUGCAAUCGCAAACAUAAGUCUAUGGCCUCUCGUGCCAUUCUUGCAAAUUUCUUUGAAGAACAGUGAACUCAAAACCACCCACAAGACCUUUUUGAAUUGUUGCGUGCACUUUUUCCGACAACCUUUCUUGAAAUAGCUGUAUUCCCAAUCUGUGUGUAGCCAUUCUUACAGGUGAACAAGGAUAUAUUUGAAUACUACUGUAUGAGAUAAACUUAAACAUUAUUUCAUAAUUUUAUCAUAUUUAUGUAGUAUUGCCGUCAUGAUCAUCAUCGUCAGUAGAAAUGGUUGCAACAGCAGUAGCUGUAGCGUAUCCAAAUUUGUACCAGCAGCAGCAGCAGCACUGAGCUUGAUUUGAAGAAUUAUGCAAAGUGUGGAAAGUAACACCUGAUCUCGAUCCGCUUAAUUUGUUAUGCUAAUGCUGAAUCCAAUUAUUGUUUCAUUUUUCAUUCAAAAUAUUACACACAUAGAAGCCAAAUAAAUACUUACCUUUCAUAGACAAAACUGUACUCUAAAGGGAAGAAUCGUAGCUCUAACCAUAGUCUCUCACCUAGCCGUUUUUGUCUAGUCACGCAACGCCGCAACGCCCCGAGUGUUGCGUGACGAGACAAAAGCGGUUGCAUUAGAGACCACCUACCCUGCGAGCCCGGUGGUUUCUUUCAGGCGUGGCCUUUAGCAUUUACGAGGUCGUUCACGUCGCUUGUUAGUCGUGUGGUUGGUUGGUUAACGCUCCAAUGGUAGUAGGGACUACCUUAACCGUAGAUGUAGCGGAGAUCUCGACCUGACUCAUUCCAAUUUUCUCGGGGCUUCACAGCCUAAAAAAAAAGACGACAAACUAGAAUAUUAUCCUGGGAGCUAAGCAGUUGUGCGUGAUAGAUACUGCCAGCGCUUUGUAGGUGACGCUCGUCUGAAGGUGCUUUCCUUUUGGGAUGAUCAGGAUCAGGAUUCGUCGGUUCCUUUGAUGCUCUAUGACCGCGGCGAUCUCGGAUCAUUGAUCCUAAUUAACUGAUCAUCCCAAAGGAACGCACUCUACACAGGAUAAGCUGCAAUCAGCUUUUGUGGGGGAUGGGUAUUGAAAGUUGGCUCGGUUGUAUUUAUAGAAUACUUGAAAUUAGUUGUAGUCAGGAAGGUGAAGGUGAUAAAUAUGGUAGGUUUUCGAAUGUUUCUCGAAUAGUUUUGCAUGAAGCUUUCAAUUUGCCCUUGUAGACAAAGCACCCUGGGCCCAGUUGUUCGAAUGCCGAUUAGAUUAAAUUUUAGCCCGGGUGUCUUUUUCCUUUCAUCAAACGCAUUUUCUCGGACAAUUUUCUCUGGUUUUUUUUAGAGUAGCCAAUUAUCAAAUUGUUGACAAAUAGAAUUAAACUGAAUUUGCGUUUUAAGCUUUCAUAUCUGAAUUCAAAUUUCGAACUGGGUUAUCUUAACCCAGCUUUGAACAACCCGGCCCUGAAGAUCAAAAAGGAAUACCGUGGGCUGGGAAGUUCAAAAAUCAUGUUUUGUGACGUUGUUCAUAUUUUUCAAAGUUCUUUAUAGCAUGUUAAGUUAAAUGUCAGGUAGUUUCUAGUUAGUCUUAAAUUAGAAUUAGGUAAGAAAUAUUUGGAAUAAAGCCGUUAAAAGACAAAAGGAUGUGGUAGGUUGAAAUGAU